AUGAGCAACGCGGGACUGAAUUCGGAGAAGGUAGCUGCUCUGAUUCAGAAACUGAACUCCGACCCUCAGUUCGUACUUGCCCAGAAUGUUGGGACCACCCACGACCUGCUGGACAUCUGCCUGAAGAGGGCCACGGUACAGGGUGCUCAGCAUGUGUUCCAGCACGCUGUGACUCAGGAAGGCAAGCCAGUCACCAACCAAAAGAGCUCAGGGCGAUGCUGGAUCUUUUCUUGUCUGAAUGUUAUGAGACUUCCAUUCAUGAAAAAAUUAAAUAUUGAAGAAUUUGAGUUUAGUCAAUCUUAUCUCUUUUUCUGGGACAAGGUUGAACGUUGUUAUUUCUUCUUAAAUGCUUUUGUGGACACAGCCCAGAAAAAAGAGCCCGAGGAUGGUAGGCUGGUGCAGUAUUUGCUUACGAAUCCCGCAAAUGAUGGUGGACAGUGGGAUAUGCUUGUCAAUAUUGUUGAAAAAUAUGGUGUUGUCCCUAAGAAGUGCUUCCCUGAAUCUUAUACAACAGAGGCAACCAGAAGGAUGAAUGACAUUCUGAAUCACAAGAUGAGAGAAUUCUGUAUACGACUACGGAACCUGGUACACAGUGGAGCAACCAAAGGAGAAAUCUCAGCCACACAGGAUGUCAUGAUGGAGGAGAUAUUCCGAGUGGUGUGCAUUUGUUUGGGUAAUCCACCAGAGACAUUUACCUGGGAGUAUCGAGACAAAGAUAAAAAUUAUCAGAAGAUUGGCCCCAUAACACCGUUGGAGUUUUACAGGGAACAUGUCAAGCCACUCUUCAAUAUGGAAAAUAAGAUUUGUUUAGUGAAUGACCCUCGGCCCCAGCACAAGUACAACAGAGUUUACACAGUGGACUACUUAAGCAAUAUGGUUGGCGGGAGAAAAACUCUAUAUAACAACCAGCCCAUUGACUUCUUGAAGAAGAUGGUUGCAGCCUCCAUCAAAGAUGGAGAGGCUGUGUGGUUCGGCUGCGAUGUUGGAAAACACUUCAGUGGCAAGCUGGGCCUCAGUGACAUGAAUGUCUAUGAUCAUGAGUUAGUGUUUGGUGUCUCCUUGAAGAACAUGAAUAAAGCUGAGAGGUUGACUUUUGGUGAGUCACUUAUGACCCACGCCAUGACCUUCACUGCUGUCUCAGAGAAGGAUGAUCAGGAUGGUACAUUUGUGAAAUGGAGAGUGGAGAAUUCAUGGGGUGAAGAUCAUGGCCACAAAGGUUACCUGUGCAUGACAGAUGAAUGGUUCUCUGAAUAUGUCUACGAAGUGGUUGUGGACAGGAAGCAUGUCCCUGAAGAGGUGCUAGCUGUGUUAGAGCAGGAACCCAUUGUCCUGCCAGCGUGGGACCCCAUGGGGGCUUUGGCGAAGUGA